UCUGCAGUGAAAAGUGAUGGCAAGAUGAGCCGGGACGUUUCCAUCCACAACUGGCCUGGCUCCUAUUAUUUAAACACCGAGAAGCGGUGGGAGAGUGGAACCCUGUCCCUCACCAGGACCAUGGUGCGCUUUGUCUCAAGCCAGAGCAAGGAGUGUCUCGCCAGCUUCCGUCUGUCCUGUAUCGUAGAGAUCAAGAUGGAGUCGUCCAGUUUCAUCUUCAGCACCCUCACUGUGCUCGAGCAGGGUAACGUGAAGCACUGGUUCGGUUCCCUCAAGCCCAACCGGGUGGUGGUUUAUAAUGUGUUGGAGCAUUUCUGGAGAGAGCGCCUUCUGUCUCCCACCUCAGAGGCGAGAGGGGCUGAGUGUCAGCCUUCUAAGGGGAGAGAGCUGAUCAGCCUGGUGGCAGGAGCCCAGAGAAGACUAGAAGACACAGGCAGGGUCCUCAGCCACCAGGGAGAGCAGUUUGACAACAUGAUGCAGGGACUGGAGACGAUAGACUCGGAUCUAGGCGUGGCUGAUAAGCUUCUGUCAGCUCUUGAGUCUCCGUCCUGGUGGCCUUUUGGCAAACUCCCCUGGAAGGUUCAGCAAGAGGUCAAGGCCGAAGACGCAGCCAAGGCUGCUGCUACCCUCUCAGCAGGCAAGAGCUCCAGUAGAAAUAAGGUGAUCACAAGCAUUCCAGUGGUGGUGUCCAAAGGUGGGGACUCAGACUUGAGGCCUGGAUGUUUGCUGGUGCUGGUAUCCUCACUGGAGGUGCGAGACACAAACUGCCAACUCCUUCACCGGUUUGAACGGAACGAAAUCGACGAAAUCAGGGCGCACAGUCCCUAUGAGAUCACGGUUAGACAGCGAUUCAUCGGGAAACCAGAUAUAUGCUACAAGUUUCUGUCUGCAAAGAUGCCCGAGGCAAUAUCCGUGUUGGAAAUGCAAUACAAGAAGAAGAUGGAGUUUACAAGCGAAUACACGGCUUUCAAAGCAACUCCGCUUUCAUCUCCUUGUGACAAAGAAGGAACAAACUGGAAUGAGGGUUCGCUGCGGAUGGGCCAAGAGCCUGAGCUCCCACUGGAGGUCCCAGCAGGAGAGCUUUCCCAGUUGCAGGUGCAAGUCCUCCAGCCGUCCGUCAGUCAGGCUGAGGCCCAGGAACUCAAGCAGAUGCUGUUACAGUUAAAGCAUCUUGCGCUGGAGGCGGAGUCAGAGCUGGAGCGGCAAGAUGAAGUUCUGGACGUUCUGACGAACUCGGCGGACCGAACCACCAUGCAGAUAGGAAAGCACACAAACCGUAUGAAAAGACUGCUGUAAUCCUGACACUAGAGGAGAUGCAUGUCACUCUGUGCUUCUUCAUCAUGGGACUUGUGCAGGCUCAUGAAGGACUUUUCCAUUUAGAUUGUUUUUUUAGCUUCUUAAAAAAAGGGUGCGACACCUGUAUGUCUUGAACUGUAGCCAUUGUCAGCAUUGCAUUUGUUUGGUACGGGCAAAACAACCGUUUAGAAGGUUAUACGCAUGCACACCUAACUUCAUUCAGACGCAUUGCUAUAGAGGAGGAUAAUCGGGGAGGAUAAAAUAAGCACUCCAGAAUGUUAAAAGUAAC